CUUAUCAGUCCUUACGAAUUAUCUCCCUCUCAGUUCCAUAGCUGAUCAUCCAAUUUUGUGUAAUACUAAUAUAUUGGAUUUAAUAUAAUCCUUCUUCCCGCCAUUUUCUCCACUUUAAUUCUUCUUCAAUCUUUAUUCUAUUCACCCAUGUAAAAAUUCACACGCUCAAAUAUAUAUAUAUAUAUAUAUAGAUAGAUAGAUAUAUUGAAAGAAUUUGGAAAAGGAAAUGGGUAUCAAAGAUCUACUCAAGUUUAUGAAACCCUAUGUUCAGCCCAUUCACAUCAAGAAAUAUGCCGGCAAGCGAGUCGGAAUCGAUGCUUAUUCAUGGCUUCACAAAGGAGCAUAUUCAUGUAACAUGGAACUGUGCCUCAAUCUGGAGGGUGAUAAGAAGUUUCGGUAUUUGAACUACUUUAUGCACCGAAUCAAUUUGCUUCGUCACUACAAGAUCACUCCUGUGGUUGUCUUCGACGGUGGCAAUAUCCCAUGUAAGGCCUCCACUGACCAUGAACGACACAGGAAAAGAAAAACUAACCUGGAUUUAGCCAUGGCGAAGUUCAAUGAAGGCAAUGUUAAUGCUGCCUCUGAGCUCUUCCAGAGGGCAGUGAGUAUCACUCCAUCAAUGGCGCAUCAACUUAUUCAGAUUUUGAGAACAGAGAACAUUGAAUUUGUCGUAGCUCCAUACGAGGCUGAUGCACAGUUAGCCUAUCUGUCCAGUCUUGAAGAAGAAAAAGGUGGAAUAGUAGCAGUGAUAUCAGAGGAUAGUGAUCUACUAGCAUACGGUUGCCUAGCUAUUGUCUUUAAGAUGGACAGGUAUGGCAAUGGUGAAGAGAUAGUGCUAGACAAGGUUUUUGAAUUUGUGGCUGGUGUGCCUUCCUUUCAAGAUUUUGACAAAGAAUUGUUCACAGGCAUGUGUGUCCUAGCUGGCUGUGAUUUCCUUCCAUCUGUUCCUGGAAUUGGGAUUGCAAAGGCUUAUUCUCUGGUUUCCAAGUAUCGGAACAUUGACCGUGUCCUAUCCAUUUUAAAGUUUCAGAAGGGCAAUCAAAUGCCUGAAGAUUACUCAAAAUCAUUCAGAGAAGCGGUUGCAGUUUUCCAGCAUGCCCGAAUAUACGAUGCUGACUCUAAGCAACUCAAGCACUUAAAACCUCUUCCAGAAAACCUUUUGCAAUUUCUAGAUAAAGAGCUUGAUUUCCUGGGGCCAGAAAUUCCUCACUCAAUUGCUGCUGCAAUUGCUGAAGGUAACUUGGACCCAAGUACCAUGGAGGCCUUUGAUUACUUCCCCAGUUCUGGAAUUCAUCUCAAACCUACUGCUGUCGUUCAAAGUUGUGAUCAAGUCCUGAGAAUAGAGCCCAUAGCUGUAUCUACACAAAAAAACUCCUUCACUGUAAUCUCCACUCAAAAAGCCAGAGGAGAAAAAAUUAAAGGGAGGGAGCAGAAACCCAAUGUGAAGGAAAGGAAGUUGACUAAUGAAGCUGUAGAGCUUGAGAAAUUAGUUUCCCCUCCAAACAUUGUUGCCACGGAAGAAAAUGAAACUGUUGCUGAUAAAAUUCUAUUGAAAGUUCCGAAUAACAAUCCGUUCAGAAAAAGAAAAGCAGAUGAUGAUGAAGUUCAUUUGGAUGAGUUGGAGAGUGUUGUUACUGAACAACAACAAGAAGUUUCGGUUGUCACUGAGGUUGACAACUUAGAGACUCCAAAAUCAGUGGAGAGUGUGGAUUCUAAACCUAUCAACAAGAAUGGUGGCGGCGGGAAGAAGAGGCAAAGAAUUGACAAGAAGUUGAGAAGCAAUUGCCAGAAUUCAGAAAAAAUUAAAGGGAUGGAGGAGAAACCCAUUGUGAAGGAAAGGAAGUUGUUGACUAAUGAAGACGUAGAGCUUGAGAAAUUAGUUUUCCCUUCAAACAUUGGAGCCACAGAAGAAAAUGAAACAGUUGCUGAUAAAAUUCCAUUGAAAGUUCCGAAUAACAAUCCGUUCAGAAAAAGAAAAGCAGAUGAUGAUGAAGUUCAUUUGGAUGAGUUGGAGAGUGUUGUUACUAAACAACAAGAAGUUUCGGUUGUAACUGAUGUUGACAACUUAGAGACUCCAAAAUCAGUGGAGAGUGUGGAUUCUAAACCUGUCAAGAAGAAUGGUGGUGGCGGGAAGAAGAGUCAAAGAAAUGACAAGAAGUUGAGAAGCAAUUGCCAGAACUCAGAAAAUCAAAACAGUAUUUUAAAUUUCUUUUCUAGACUUUAAGUCUUUUUCAUCCUCUUGAUUAUAAAUUAUUCACCUUAUUUUAGGAUUCUUGGUUUGUAGAGGCAAGUAUUGUUGUUAUUUAUAGAUUAGACUUUAGAGAACAAUGGGAGGAACCUCAUCCUCAAUUGUAAUGAUAUUAUUAGAUUUGGUAUCAGUGCGUGAUCCACCCAAAAAUAGUUUAUUAAUUUGUUUUUUGAUUUA